AUGGAAGCAUGCCAUGCCAAUGUAAAUGGAAGCAUGCCAUGCCAACAUCCUAAGGGCAAGAAAGCAGUGCUAUUUUCCAACAAAGCAACAAAGCUGCUAGCUAUAACACCGAUCGAGAUCAUUGGAAAAAAGCAAGAUAGAUUAAUUGUUGAGAUCGAUGGGCCUGGUGAAGUCAUGCUUUUGGUCCGUAUUCUCAUGCUACUCAUGCUGAUCACUGCUUCCUUCUUGUCCAUGCAAUCAGCUCAUGUUCAAGCAGGCUCCAAUGCCAAGGAAACUGAGGGGAAAGCUGCCAUGCCCACCCCAUGCUCCAACUCGGGCCACAACAAUGUUUCUGAGAAAACUCUCAACCAUUAA